CCUUUGGAGUAAGAGUACGCGGGUUUACAUCCUUCCUCGGAGUCUUCCACCUUUGUAAACUUGGUUGAGUCUAUUAAACCAUCCUGGGACGUAGUUUUCUCAUUCGUUUAAAAAAAGAGGAGAGAGAGAGAUCUUGGGCUAGGUGAUUUGUGAAGAUCCUUUCCGGACCCAAAUCGACUCCUCAGCUGGUGCGACAUGGAAUGAUAAUAGUAACAAUGGAAUUAAUGGGGAAAAAAUGGAAAAAAUAAUAGCUUUUAUGUAGUUCAUUAAGUUUUGCAAAAGUUUGUAAAUAUUAUUUCAUUUGACCGUCACAACGAUCCUGGCAGGUUCAUACAUUAAAGGUGUGAUUAAGGAGUGCCACUAUGUCAGAAUGUCAUUGAUGAGAAAAAGUUUGGAUACAGAAACGGGCAUCUUGCAUGCGAUCCUUUACAGUAAUCACAACAAACUGUGUCACCACAAGCCAUAUUUGGCUCUCAAACAGGUACAACAGUGUCUCAAGCGAAUGGACUGUGUGAAUUUGGAGGGAUCCAUUCAAGAUCUGUUUGAGCUGUGUCCUAAAGAAGAUAUACUUGAAAAUACAAAAAAGUACAUCAUUCCCAGUCAGCCAGUGGUGGAGUUUGUGUUAAUGAAGAUUUUGGGAACCUGCAAAUUAAUACUACGUUUAUUAGACUGUUGCUGCAAGACAUUUCUCUUGUCAGUGAAGCAUCUUUGUUUGGAAGAAUUCAUCAUUUUAAACACUGUUAUUACAGGAUUGGUGAGCAGGGUGUGGGUUCUGUAUAAGGAUCUUUUAAAAAAACUUGUUUCUUUAUAUAAGCCUUUGUUUAGAUUGCUGCAAGAAGUAUCCAGGAUUCAACCAAUGCCUUACUUCAACAAUUUUACCUUUCCUGUUGACCUUAAAGAUUUUUUGGGAGAGGCCUAUCUUGAUAUCAUUAAGAAAAAGAUGGUAGCUAAAGGAGUAACCAAAUUGCUUAACAAACUAUUUCUAUCAAAAGAGGAAUCAAACAAGUCUAUUCAAGAAAUAGCCUUAGAAGUUCCCCCAAAAGCUAAACAAAUGAAGAUAAAGACAACAAAUAAUGUGGAUAUUGGGAAGGCAGUGCAGAAGAGGAAAACCCACAAAGAAAUGUCAUCAGGAUUUGACCUGAAGGCCUUUUGCAAACGACCAAAGCACAAAACUACCAUGGAUGCUGGCUUCAAGUCUGUAUGUUCUGAGAGGAGAGUACGAAAAGCCAUUGGCUCUUCCCAGCCCCUGGGAGGAUCCUCUGGUGCCAGAAACCUUGCCCUGAAGAUCCGAGAGGCACAAUCUUUUACACAACUUUCAGAAGAAAUCCAAAUGGCCAUUUUCUGGUGUAGAAGGAAAAAACUGAAGCAUAAAGUCACCUUUCUGGGUAACAAGCUUCUAAAAAGUAACCGGCUUAAACAUGUGGAAGCUCAAGGGUACAGCUUGCCCAAGAAAUUGAAAUGCAUAAAAACAUCCAUCUGUAACUUCUUUCUCCAUGGCUUGGGUAACAUGUCUUCAAAGUGCCACCUGAGACGAAUCAGUUCACAGAAUAAAUUUCUAAAGCAGCAGAGGAAACCACAGAGAAAGUCUCAGCCUACUGUUCUAAAGGAAAUUCAGCAGUUUCUUCAGCAGACUGAGAAGAUUGUUACAGAGGGAGACACUAAAAGAACGUUCUCAGACCUUAGAAUUCAUAGACCUGAACUGACAUUGAAAAAGAGCCAACUGCUGGACAACAGAAAUGCAAAUCUCCUUGAAAAUUGUAAUGGUACAAUGAAGUCACCAACAUUGGCUCAAGUAAAAGAAAAGAACACUACCUCAGAAACUGUCAGAGACAUGGAUGACAUUGAUGAUAUUUUUUCUUCAUUGGGAGUUUAGAUGUACAUAUAUGUGAGACUGCUUUAUUAAGAAAAGAAGCCGCUCAUAAUCAUGGCCGCUAGAUGGGUCUCCAUAUUGUGCCUCUGAGUGGUGGGAGUUCUGCAUUGUACCCAGAAACAAUAGAGGUAUCUGCAUCCAUGCAGAAUUACUCCCCAAGUCCUGCAACUGACUUUGAGAGGUCUCAGAGUCCCCAAGAGCUUGCAUUGGUUUGAUUUGUUUACCAAAGAUUGUGGGUGGAUUGGCAUUGAGGAAAGUUGUGUAUUUUGGAACAAACUAGGUGCCUAAAAAACUCUGCCUUGGUCAGGUCCCAUACUCUUAGGCUGCCUUCAAUGGUUUUAGCAUGUAUGCUGUGAAACUGGAGGACCGAGGUACCCAAAAGGUCCCUGUUUGAUUUACUGGCUUAAUUAUAAUAUAAUGACAUUGCCACUUGUGAUUUUUGUCCAUGGGGCAUCAAGAUUUCUAAUUUUAGGUGAUUGUGUUGUUCAGUUUUUAUAUGAUAUAAAUAGAAUUGAUCAAGAAAAGUUAUUGUUAUCACUGGUCUUAUUACUAGGGCCAAAUUAAAUCUGUUUCCAUUUUCCUGUUUAAGAGCUAAGUGCUCUGAAAUGUGCUUCAUCUCUCCAAUAUAUGGAGUUUAAAAUGCUUUGCUUCUAUUUUUACUUCUAUUUCUAUUUUAUUUGAAAGCUUGUUUUGGGUGUGGUGAGGGGGAAUGGAGCAUAUUAUCCUUCUAAUGAUUACAAAAAAUGUCAAGCCUCUAUUUCUUAUAUGAAUUUUUUGGCUUUUUGGAUUUGGGCAAAAGGGUGUCCAGUUCUUUUAGUAGGCUGCAUUCCACAGUUCAGCUAUGGCUUUUGUCACCAGACUAUGGUGACUCUGGAAGAGAGAGUGAGGCUGACUUCUGUGUAGCUCUGUCUCAAGGCCAAUUCACACAAAAGUCAGGAUAUCAACUAUGAUGUCAUCGGUCCUGGUGGAAAACGAAGGACAAACAAGAAGAACCAGAGUGCAGAUAUCCCAUUUUGUAACUGAGGCAGUAAGGGGUUCCAAUGUACUUGGAGUCAGAGGCCUGAGUUUGAAUCCUGCCUCAAGUCUCUAACUAGCCUUGUGAACUUGAGCAAGUCAGCCUGUGUGCUUGGUUUCCUUCCUCAUCUUUAGAAUGGGGAUAAUAAUAGUACCCACUUCCCAGGGUUGCUAAAGAUCAAAUGAAACAAGAUAUGCAAAGCAGCUCCCAAACAAUGUUUAUUUCUGCCUUUUUACCUGCGUUUGCUAGUUCUCACUGUCCCGGGGUUCUGAACCUUUUUUGUGUCACAGCUCCGUUAAACAAUGUAGUAAAGUCUAUGGAUCCCUUCCUUCUCAGAAGAUGGUUUUUAAAUGCACAAAAUAAAAUACGCAGGAUUACAAAGGAAGCCAGCUAUGUUGAAAUACAGUUACUAACAUAAGUUCACAGAUCCCAGGUUAAGAACUGCUGCUCUCCCUUUCACCUCCCUUUGUCUCCUUUUCCAUUUGCCUGGACCCUGUCUUCAGUUCUUGUUAAAACAUCCAACCUUGGGGCAGCUAGGUGGCGCAGUGGAUAGAGCACCGGCCCUGGAGUCAGGAGUACCUGAGUUCAAAUCCGGCCUCAGACACUUAACAUUUACUAGCUGUGUGACCCUGGGCAAGUCACUUAACCCCAAUUGCCUCACUUAAAAAAAAAACAAAAAAAAAUCCAACCUUUAUCCAUCAGUUCUAUCAAAAAAAGUGUAAUACCUUAUUUGUCUAGUAUUAGUUCACUGUGGGCCAAGCCUCUAUUAGGUGAGUCCAGUUGUGUAUAUCUGAUCUUUAAAAUAAACAGUUAAGGACUAUGAAAUCCAACUAAAACCAGCUUUACCGGUUUUAUCAUUAAAGGGGCCUAUUUUAAAGUUAAAAUGUUAGAAAAUGUUACUUCUGUGUUACCAAGUUGGAAACUCAGGAAGCUAAACCUACAGCAGUUGGAAUUCAGGGAUGACUUCUGUUUUCAUUACCCUCCCCUCUCAUUCUCCCCCUCCUCCCCAAUCUCCCAGACUUCACUACCCCCACCUUGCAGGCUAACAGCCCCCCUUGCCACUCUAAAGAACCAACCAGUGCUUAACAUGGGAUCCCCUGCCUGGUUGUGUCGAGCAGAUCAGGAGGGGGAGGGGGGCAGACUCCCUGCAGCUGCAGACACAGAGGUGGUGCCCACAUUCUCGACAGGGUGACCAAUCUUUUACCACAUCAAGGAAUAAACUGUUUUGCAUAAGGGACUUUUCUAGAUAAGUGAAGCGUUGGCCUUUUUCCAUUUUCACUCUUUAAUGGGUCUUUGUAAAAUACACACACUCUUCCCUUCCUUAGUAACAGCAUCCGAAACAUGACCUAACUUUCUCUUAAUGAUUCUAUCCUUUUUAAAUCAGUUACUGUAGAAUAUUUGCUAAGGUAGCUGGUAUGUAGAUGGGUACUGAUACCAUGAGUUGCAUUGGAAACUUUCUUUUUUAAGAAGCCAGCCAACGUGCUUUUGCUUCUUUUGUCUCUCUCAUGAUAAAGGCUGUUCAGCUAUGACCUAUAUAGCAGUAUACGGUUGCCUUUCUGAAAAAUGACUGGCUUAAGGACUAGAAGCAGUCCACUUGCAAGCAGUUUUCUUGUCCUUUAGAAAAGAAGUGUUCAUGGCCUUUGUCAGUAACUUUCAAGUCAUUUCAUCACUAAACUUUAUCCCAGGUGCUGUACCCUCAUCUUCCUGAAUUGGAUUGAUGGGGUUUUUUGAAGUAUGCCCCUAUGUCCUUUGAAGAAUUUGUGUUCACUUAUUUAGGGGAAGGUCCACCACCUCAAGUCCAACAAAUCUUCAUUACUAUCAGAUGACAGAUGGAGUUACUUUACCAUUAAGUUUCUUCAUCUGUAGAGAUUAAGCUAGAUGACCGCCAAGGUUCUUUCCAGCUUUAAGCCUAUAAUGCUAUAUCAAUGGAAGGAAGGAUCAUUUCAACUAAAGCUCUCUUCCUGCACAUGAGGAAACUGAGACCCAGACAAUGGGAGACGGCUAGGUGGCACAGUGCUGGGUCUGGAAUCAGGAAGAACAGAGUUCAAAUCCAUCCUCAUACCCUUCCUAGCUUC